UCAUGUCUGAUACUAAAUUUGUUGAUGAAAAUUCAUUAAUUGGAAUAGCAGCUUCUUUUUGGUAAUAAUAUUCAACUAAGACUCCUUAAAAAUUGAAAAUUAUGGAUGCUUUUUCUUUAUAUUGCUUUAUAUUAGUGAUAAUUCAAUUAUUUUAUUGCACAUUAGUAGGUGAUUUUCCAAGAAAUUCAUUUCUAUCUGGAAUAUUUGCAGCUGCUGGAGCUAUGAUAAUAAAUAGUAUAUUAUUAAAUUUCAUUAUUAGUAUGUUUGAGAAAAUAAUUGAAUCCUGAAACUAAAUACAUGGAAAUUUCUAAUGAAAGAGCUUUUUGGGAAUAUUUGGCAGCAAUGAUUGUCCUAUUUUUGACUGUGAUAAAUUUCUUGGGUUGAAU